GUGGCAAGCAGCGGUUGAGCGCGUGUCGUCCCGAAGGAAUUGAUACUUCAGAUUACUUACGACGUUAAAAAACCGUUACGAACGAUGUCAACAAAGAGGAAGCCAAUGGACGAAUUUGAAGAGGAUUCAAUUUCUCUGGAAAUUGAGACCAUCGCCGUUAAGUACAAAUUCGACGAAAGUUUGCGCGGCAAAUGGAUGUUGUUCUUCAACCACGAUUACAUGGACGACAUGUGGGCUAAGGCCGUAGAGCUCUACAGCGCUGGAGAGCUGCCCGGCAUCAUCUCCAUCAAGACGUCAACAGCCGCUCCGUGCGAGCGUUCUGGAACGACGGAAUACGGAGCAAUACGCUUCACAUGUGGGCCUCACAGGGAGCGCGAACGAGUUCUGCAAUACGGGCAGCAGCUGGUGAAGAAAAUGCGGUAUUUUAAUACUGGUUUUGGUUUUGUUGCAUACAAGACUGAUGCUCAGUCGGUGAUCGGGACAAAGGCUACUGGAGCAAAGAAGAACUAUCUGUACCGCCUGCCCGUGCCAACGUACGACCAUUUGGAACAGAGAUCUGGUAUGGUGACGGAGCAUCCCAUAGAAGUGCCGUCGCGGAUGGGGACUCGCGAGUGGAUUGCUGAAGUGGUGGAUGAUUACAUCGAGGAGGUCGCUGACAUGAAUGAUUAUGCAAGAUGGUUGAUGAAGUUCCCUAAAGGAACCCUCCAUGACUCAGCAUGGGUCAGAGCUUGUCGCCUCUACCGUAGUGGAGAACUGGAAGACGUCGCGUACAUGCAAACGUCGACAGCCAAAGCCGUGCCGGGCAAAGAGAACACAAAAGAGGGAGUGAUAUUUUUCUGCUCCCGAGACAACCUUUCGCAGUCAAAACUGCAACAAUGUGGAAAAAAUCUUGUGCAAAAACUUAAUUACUCAUCGAGGCAGGGGGAAAUAACAUGUAGGUCUUACAAGACUGGCCGGACCUGUGCUGUACUGUGUCGGGUUCCCACUCUUGAAUAAUUAACUUAAAUCUUACCAAACUGAAUUUAAGUGUUUCAAGAGGAGCCCUCACAGGAACCCUUAUUCGCUAUUAGGCAUCUCAACUGAACUAAGUAUAAUCUUCAACAUUUAACUUAUUCGCUCUUUGGAACCUUUCCCCCGGUGAAGUACCCAGGUGAAAAUUGUUUAAAUAUUAUAUCCCAUUAUACACCACACAUAUAGCAAUUAAUAUAACAAAUUAGGGUGAAAAUAAAAUUCACCACAAUCCACUCAUUUAAGCAUGUUGCAGAUAUCAAUAUAGAGAAACCAAUAUUUCGGAGUAAUAUUAACGUAACUAGAUGUUAGAAUGUAACUGGUUCUUAAACAUACUAAAAUGGAACCGUUAAAUUUGAUAAAUGUAAUUAUUUUAAAUUUUCUCAAUCAAAUUGCAUACAGUAAUAAAUUGUGUUGUAUCUAUAACCCCUAACUAGGACAGGAGUACGAGAUGUAAUUCGAGGAGAUUAUUGAAGGAGUGCAAUGGAAUUCAAGAGAGUUUCUUGCUGUAGGUGUCGAGCAGAGGUGGGCAGUAGCGCGCUACA